AAAAGACAAAAGCAAGGCUUAAAGAAAAGCCCCCCCUCAAAUAAUGAAGAAGCAGAUGUGUGGAGAGCCAUUGGAUUUUGCAGGCUCACCAUUUUCAUCACUAACAAAGAAGCCAUUGGAGAAUCCCAAUGCUACCUUCACCCCCCACCCACCCCACCCCCACCCCAUAUUACUUCACUGAAUCACUGUAAUUUCAGUUUUCAUUUCAUCUUCACCCAACCCCCUCUGUUUUUAAACCCCAAAAACCAAGCUUAAAAUCUUGAUUAGUGAUAAAGAACUCUUUUUUUCAUCUUCUUCAACUCUUCCUGGAUCUGAAAAAAAGAUAUUUUAUUACUAGAAGAGGGGGUUUUAUUAUUAUUUUUGUUUAUAAAUAAAUUAUUCAAUUCAGAUUUCAGAGAAACACUCCCCAUAAAUCUAGACCCCCUUUUACCCCCACCCACCCCCACAUGAGUGGUAGUGACAAUCCUUCAGAGAUGUCUGAAGAUGAGGAGCGUCCUUGUCCUUCAGAUCUCACCGGUGGCGCCAGUGCAAAAGCAAGGAACUGUUGCUUUAACGCCGCCGUUACCGGUGGCGGAGGGGGGAUUUUUAACUUUUCGCCACACCCAGAUCAAGUUCUUGAAAAUGUGCUGGAAAAUGUUCUUUGCUUCUUAACUGAUCGCCGUGACCGUAACGCUGCAUCUCUUGUAAGCAAAUCUUGGUAUCGGGCUGAGGCUUUAACCAGAUCCGAAGUGUUUAUUGGCAACUGUUAUGCUGUUUCGCCGACCCGGGUUACGACCCGUUUCAAAAGGGUGACCUCUGUGGCCAUUAAAGGGAAACCUAGGUUUGCUGAUUUCAGUUUGCUUCCUCCAGAUUGGGGUGCUCACUUUACUCCUUGGGCUUCUGUUUUGGGUGAUUCUUAUCGUGGGCUUGAGAAAUUGUACCUCAAACGUAUGUCCAUAUCUGAUGAUGAUCUAGGUUUGUUGGCGCGUUGUUUCCCCAGUUUCAAAGAGCUUGUUCUUGUAUGCUGUGACGGUUUUGGGACCAGUGGACUUGCUAUUGUAGCUCGUGAUUGCAGGCAAAUUAGAGUGCUUGAUCUGAUUGAGUCUGAGGUAUCCGACGAUGAAGUGGACUGGAUUUCCUACUUCCCUGAGAACAAAACGUGUUUGGAGUCUUUGACCUUUGAUUGUGUUGAAUGCCCUAUUGACUUUGAGGCAUUGGAGAAGCUAGUAAUCAGGUCACCUAGUUUGAAGAGACUAAGGUUGAAUCGGUUUGUUUCUAUUACUCAGCUGUACCGUUUGAUGAUUCGAGCUCCACAGCUUACCAAUCUGGGAACAGGCUCUUUUGGCGCCUCAACGGUCAUUGAUGAACCAGAUCCUGAUUAUGCUUCAGCAUUUGCUGCCUGCAAAUCCAUUGUCUGUCUCUCUGGUUUCAGGGAAAUUGCUCCUGAAUAUCUGCCUGCAAUCUAUCCAGUUUGUGGCAAUCUGACCUCUCUUAAUUUAAGCUAUGGUGCCAACGUUAAUACUGAACAAUUCAAGUCUGUCAUCAGCCGCUGCCAUAAGCUCCAAGUAUUGUGGGUAUUUGAUUCUGUAUGUGACGAAGGACUUGAGGCAGUUGCUGCAGCAUGUAAGGAUCUGCGGGAGAUUCGAGUUUUCCCUAUCGAAGCUCGGGAAGAUGCAGAUGCCCCAGUUUCUGAAGUAGGUCUCCUUUCGAUUUCUGAGGGUUGCAGUAAACUUAAGUCCAUCUUAUAUUUCUGCCAACGAAUGACAAAUGCGGCUGUUAUAGCUAUGUCAAAGAACUGCCCAGACCUUGUGGUAUUCCGACUAUGCAUUAUGGGUCGGCACUUGCCUGACCAUGUUACUAAUGAACCAAUGGAUGAAGGCUUUGGGGCUAUUGUCAAGAACUGUAAGAAGCUUACUAGACUCGCUGUAUCUGGUUUACUGACUGAUAAGGCUUUCAGUUACAUUGGACAAUAUGGAAAACUAGUUAGAACCUUAUCAGUUGCUUUUGCUGGAAACAGUGACUUGGCUCUGAAGUAUGUGCUCGAGGGCUGCCCUAAGUUGCAGAAGUUGGAGAUCAGGGAUUGCCCAUUUGGAGAUUUGUCUUUGCGUUCUGGUGUACACCACUAUUACAAUAUGAGGUUCCUUUGGCUGUCAUCUUGUAGAGUAACUCUACAAGGUUGUCAGGAGAUUGCUGGCCAAUUGCCCCGUCUAGUAGUGGAAGUGAUAAGUGGUGAUGAGGAAGGGAGUGAGACUGGUGAGCAUGUCAAUACCUUGUACAUGUACCGAUCUCUUGAUGGACCGAGGGCUGAUGUACCAUCAUUUGUGCAAAUACUGUGACCGACCUUUUUAGAAGAUAGGAAUUUUCUGCAGUAAUUGAUUGGGACCUUUGAGAAAUGAUUAACUAUUUUCUUGGGAAGAGAUGCUCUCCAGAAAUCUGUUGUGACCCAUAUGAAGGUGCAAGUUUCCUUCUUGAGAAAACGAAUGGUGCACCACUUGCAAAGGCAGUGAGCAAUCUAUAAUGCUGGUCUCCAUGGAUGUCAUUGUAUAUGGUUCAGUACAGAGAUUGUUUUUUUCCAGCAAAGCAAUCUAGAAGACAAAUGUUCUUUGUAUCAGUAAUCUUUUCUAUUCACUUUCCUUUCUUCAUAAUUCAUGGAGCCUUCAAUUAGUAAGUGGAGUCAUUGGUAAGGCCACAGCAAGGGUAGAUGUUCCAAACUGCACGGUGGCGGAUCAAAUUGCAGCUCAAUGAGAUUUCUCAAAGGCUUUCGGCAGAAUCAACAUUUGUGGAAUACACCUGCAUGCUCGGUCAGGGUACUGGCUCAUCAAGUAGUAUCUUUUCAUACAAUUGAGGCCCUUCUUAUUUUUUGUUUCAUUGUUAGUUUAGAGUUGGAAGUUUUUUAUUUUUAGUUGGUGAUAGCCUAAUGGUCAGAAGGAUACCUACCGCAGUUGGAUCUCUCCAUCUCGCUUUCUAGAAAUAUUUGUUCUUUCCAGGAUGUGUUGUUUCGUAGCACCUGACUGUUGAAUUUAUUAUUGUUAUUUUUAGAAGAAAUGUGAGAUGGGUAAUAAAUGCCAAAUAUGCAUGGACCA